GGCACCGACAUUGGGCGGCUGUUGCUUGGGAGAGCGGCUGUGUUCGGCUACGGAGUUAGCAAAAUAAAUAAAUAAAUCUGAGAGGGGGGGGGGUGUCAGACAUUGGAUGAGUACGACUUGGAAAAGUCUGCCAGCUGAAAGAUGUUCAGGAUGGAGAUACACGUUUGGCUGAUGGCCUUUUGUGUCAUUGUCACGUCUGCACCCCAGUGGCGCAGGGACCCCAAGCUGGACAAAUACUGGGAAUUAUGGAUGAAGAAAUAUGGCAAAGAAUACCAAAAUACGAAUCAGGAAGAGCUGCGCCGAAUGACGUGGGAAAAGAACAUACAAUUUAUCACACUGCACAAUCUCGAAUAUUCACUGGGCCUGCAUUCUUAUGAACUUGGCAUGAAUAACUUAGGAGAUAUGACCAGCAAAGAAGUGUCAAUGCUCCUGACCGGCUUGAAAAUCCCAUCCUGGUGGAACCGAAAUUCCACGUCGCACAAAUCCAUCGUAGGCACCUGGAUCCCUGAGUCCAUAGACUGGAGGGACAAAGGAUACGUCACGAGUGUUAAAGACCAGUAUUCGUGCGGCGCUUGCUGGGCCUUCAGCGCCGUGGGGGCCCUGGAAGCUCAGUUAAAACGCAAGACUGGGAAACUGGUGUCACUUAGCUCCCAGAAUCUGGUCGAUUGCUCCAAUCUCUACGGGAACCACGGCUGUAACGGAGGUUACAUGCCUGCUGCUUUCCAGUAUAUCAUAGAUAAUAAAGGAAUCAACUCCGGAUCCUAUCCAUAUAAGGCCAAGGAUGGGCUAUGUCGCUAUAAUCCCGCUGCGAGGGCUGCUACCUGUUCGAAAUAUACCUUGCUUCCAUCUGGAAACGAGACUUACCUGAAGGAUGCUGUAGCCAACAUUGGACCAGUGUCGGUGGCCAUCAACGCAAACCAGCCAACAUUCUUUCUCAUAAAAAUAGGAGUUUAUAAUGAUGCCAAAUGCACCAGUCAGCAUUUGAACCAUGCCGUCCUCGUGGUUGGAUACGGAAAGGAGAAUGGCAUGGAUUACUGGCUUGUGAAGAACAGCUGGGGAAUCAAUUUUGGCCAUGAAGGCUAUAUUAAAAUUGCCAGAAAUCAAGGGAAUCGCUGUGGCAUCGCCAGUUACUGCUCGUAUCCGAUCAUUAGAUGGCAUCUAAAUUUUGCAGAAGCCCUCUUAGGCAGCUAAUCUUAGCCUUUAUAUAUAUAUAUAUAAAACUG